AUGAAAGCACCACCCGCAAAAAUCGAAAUGGAAUUAUUACCAAGUUCUGAUGACGAAGAAUUGGAAAGUGAUUGUGGCGCUGAUAAGUUAUAUCGACCUGAUACACUUACUGUAUCAUGCUCACAAUCAAUCUCUGUUGUUGAUAUAAAUGAAGGAAAAUUGGAAGCAAUUGAAGAAGAAGGUGUUAAUGAUAAUAAGAAGCAAUCAGAUCGAACAAAACGUCGUUUUCGGAAAACAACAAAUCAUGUAAUCAUGGAUAAACGUGGUUAUCGAUGCGGUUAUUGUAAUGAAUUACUUGGAAAUUUUGAUGAAGAAACACUAUCAUUGUGUAUGAUUGCUUUGGAAACAUUUGUUCAUCGAGAACCUGCGAUGGCAGCUCCACUACUCUUUCGUAUUAUCAAAUCUGUCACCAGAUUAAUUGAAAAACCAAUAUAUCCGUGGCAUGAUACAUCAAUGUUUGUUCCGGGAAAUUGUCGCAGUGUUGCAAAACAAUUAAUUCGUGUUUUACUACAUCAACUUUCAUCAAGUGGAAUAUUUUUACAAUUAUUUGAUACAAAUAUUGAACGAGUUAAUCAGUUUUGGUCAACAAUAUCAUUUGCUUUAGCUGAUUUUCCUGAAUUAAAUCCGGUUUCCGUUAUUCAAUAUCUACUUGAAGAUAUCCUGGAAGAUUGGCCUAAUCGUUUAUCGCGAAUUUUGUUUAAUUUAUCAGCAUAUAUGGAAUAUGUAUCCGCUGAUGCAUAUUUCUCUCAAUGGAGUACCGUUACUAAUUUACUCGAUUCAUUCUUUCGCCAAUAUCUUUCUAAAAUUCAAGUACAAAGUGAUAGAAAUCCAAUUCGUACUGAAUUAAAAAAUUGUAUUGGUAUAAUGGUAACUGUUUUACGAGUGCAUAAUUUUUCCACCUUUAAGAAUUCAGUAUCGCUGGUUGAAGGAUUUUCCAAAUGGCUUACAGAAGCAUUACAUGAAUGUAAAGCUGAUUUAUUAGAUCUUCUUGCUGUUUGUACCGCAUGUAAUCGUGCUCUAUUAAGGGAUCGUGAUAAGCAAUUUUUAACAAAAGCAAUUGUUUCGGAGCUUGUGCAAGCAUUAAAAUUUAAAUGUGAUAUGAACGAGCAUAAUUAUAUGAUAAUUAUCAAUUUAAUAUUACAAGGUAUUGGUGAAGAUGUUUUAGAAGAAAUUGUUGAUGAUCAGUAUAAUACUGCAGCUUGUGAUGCAGUUCGACCAUAUAUAUUUGAUUUUAUUGAUUUCAUGUCCGAUUUACAUGUGUUAACUGAAAUUAAGAAAAUCACCAAUUCGGACAGUAUCGGUGGUGAUAUUAAAUCAUCGAUAGCACAAAUUGUUGCUGUUGAAAUGAGUCGAUCAGGCGCACGUGAUUCUCGAACUGUGAAUCGUUAUCUACCAUGGCUAAUGUUACCACCAUCUGUAACACAAUCUACGCCAAGCGCAUUUGCUGAUGCUGUAACAAAUGUCCGAUUACUUUCUUGGCUAUUACUUGGAGCACUUCAAGCUAAUCAACCAUGCCAACCAUUACCAAUAAGUUAUUGUUCACAAUAUAUGGCUGAUUAUAUACAUUUUGUACUUGCUGGUUUUGCUGAUCAAUCAAAGGAAUCAGUGGUUCAUAUGUCGGCACUUUUUCAUGCUUUUCAUUUAUGCCAAUUAUGGACAGUUUAUUGUGAACGAGCAGCAUUAACAAUAUCAGAUGAACCACAGUUUUCAUCAUUAGCAAAUAUUUUAGAUUUUUGGGCUCGUGUAACACCUGCUAUUCUACAACUCUUAUCACAUUCCAAAGUGCUAGCAGAUAUGGUUAAUUUACAUUUUCUCAAUACAAUGCAAGCAUUACGACAGUGUAAUUCGGCAGUACUUGGUCAAUUAGGUGCUAUGUGGCAGCCAAUUCUAACCGCUUAUCAUGCUCAAAUUCCCACCAAAUUACGAUUAAAAUUAGACUCAUGCGAAAAUCAACCAUCAUUAAUUUCCGAACCACUACAACAAUGGCUUAAAGGAGUACGUUAUAAAAUUUCACAAAUUGAAUUGCAAACUUCUGCAGCAUCACCUUUCUAUAAUGUAUAA